CGCCACUGUAGCCAGAGCUAUACAGUCAAGAAAAGACGCCCGUGUUUCUACGUGGCACUACCGCAUGUGGCGUUCGAUCGUGUUUUGGUGAAAGUGCUGAGGACGACAGGCCGUCUGUGAGCAGUACGCUUUUGUGAUCUUGCAGGACUCUCAUCGAGGAACGGCGCUUGCCGGAACCAGCUUCUUUCCCGCUCGACGUGGACUACGCGCGAUUGCGCCCGAAAUGACUUCGUCCACGCUUUUCUUCGCUGACGAUGCCAGCCGCGUGUGGCUGCCGAAGCGGGACCAUCGCACCGUAGGUUGGCCGCUGACCGGGAAUCCGCUGCCGCUCGUUAUGAUCACGGCCGCAUACGUGUACUUCGUCAAGUUGGCCGGCCCUCGCUGGAUGUCCCGGCGCAAGCCGUUCGACCUCAAGGCCUGCAUCCUCGUCUACAACCUGUCGGCCACCCUCCUCAGCGCCUUCUUCGUGUGCCGUUUCGUGAAGCUCGCUUACUGGGACCUAGGCUACACCUUCCUACAGGACCUGGACAUGGUCGACUCUCCGGCCAACCUCGAGAUCGUGCACUUGUCCUGGUGGUUUUACAUGUUCAAGAUCUCCGAGCUCGCCGACACAGUGUUCUUUGUGCUGCGCAAGAAGAACCAUCAGGUCAGCGCGCUGCACGUAGUGCACCACGUGAUCGUCGCCUGGAACAUGUGGCUGAACCUCACCUACGGUGCCGAGUCGCACGAGAUGUUCGUCACGUGCCUGAACACGUUUGUGCACGUGUUCAUGUACACGUACUACUUCCUCGCGGCGCUUGGUCCAGCCUACAAGCGCCUGCUGUGGUGGAAGAAGUACAUGACCAUGAUGCAGAUCUCGCAGUUUGUCCUCCUGCUCGCGCACGCCGUCGGCAUGGUGUUCGCCAAGGGGAACUACGUGGGCCUCUUCGUGUGGCUUGAGGUGGCGCAGGCGACCCUUUUCUUCGUGUGGUUCGUGGUGUUCUACAUUCAAGCUUACUCCAGGAAGAAGCUGUAGGUCUGUGCACCGUUCCGCCAGGGAACAAGCGCUCUGUUUUUUUUUUUUUUGUCUUUUAAGCUUCUUGGACUUCAGCUAUUUGGGGUAGUUUGAAAGUAAAGAGUUCUGAGACUUUCCACAAGUAUAUUGAAUAUACUUUUAUAUGCUUAUAGAAAUGACCUUGUAAGACAUUAUUGUUUCUGUACCUAGUUACCUUGCUGUGCAGUGCU